ACUAGUUUGUUGGCAGCGCCCGUGCGGUUCGGCUACGGGAUCGCGGCCGGGACUGGUGAGCCGGCCGGGGGCGGCGGCAGCGGCGGGGACUGCAGAGCCUGUGGGGCCGCACGAGUUCCUCUGUUUAUCCGAGCCCUUGCCUUUCCUGGACUCACUUUGAAGACCAGUUUGGCCUCGAACUCACAGACAUCCACCUCCUUCAGUGUCACGAGUGCUGGAAUUAAAGGUUGGUACACGAUGUCAGUCAGUGUUCACGAGACCCGCAAGUCGAGGAGCAGCACGGGCUCCAUGAACAUCUCAGUCUUCCACAAGGCUUCACACCCUGACUGUGUGCUGGCCCACCUCAACACUCUGCGCAAGCACUGCAUGUUCACGGAUGUCACACUCUGGGCUGGUGACCGAGCCUUUCCUUGCCAUCGUGCGGUGCUGGCUGCCUCCAGCCGAUACUUUGAGGCCAUGUUCAGCCACGGCCUGCGGGAAAGCCGGGAUGAUACGGUCAACUUCCAGGACAACCUGCACCCCGAGGUGUUGGAGCUGCUGUUGGACUUUGCCUACUCUUCUCGCAUCGUCAUCAAUGAGGAGAACGCGGAGUCACUACUAGAGGCUGGUGACAUGCUGCAGUUCCAUGAUGUCCGGGAUGCAGCUGCUGAGUUCCUGGAGAAGAAUCUUUCCCCCUCCAACUGCCUUGGCAUGAUGGUGCUGUCUGAUGCCCACCAGUGCCGACGGCUCUACGAGUUCUCAUGCCGAAUGUCCCUGGUGCAUUUUGAGACGGUGCGGCAGAGCGAGGACUUCAACAGUCUCUCUAGGGACACGCUGUUGGACCUCAUCUCCAGAGAUGAGCUGGAGACUGAGGAUGAGCGCGUGGUCUUUGAGGCCAUCCUGCAGUGGGUGAAGCAUGACUUAGAGCAGAGGAAGGCUCACCUGCCCCUGCUCCUGCGUAACGUGCGACUGGCCCUGCUGCCCUCAGACUGCCUGAAGAAUGCCGUAUCUGGAGAGGCCCUCCUCAUGGCGGACGAGUGCACCAAGCUCAUCUUAGACGAGGCCUUCCGCUGCAAGACCAAGAUCUUGCUGAAUGAUGGUGUGGUCACCAGUCCCUUUGCCCGGCCUCGCAAGGCAGGUCACACACUGCUCAUCUUGGGAGGCCAGACCUUCAUGUGUGACAAGAUCUACCAAGUGGACCACAAAGCCAAGGAGAUUAUCCCCAAGGCAGAUCUGCCAAGCCCCCGGAAGGAGUUCAGUGCUUCAGCGAUUGGUUGCAAGGUCUAUGUGACUGGAGGCAGGGGCUCUGAGAAUGGAGUCUCUAAGGAUGUCUGGGUGUAUGACACUGUCCAUGAGGAAUGGUCUAAGGCCGCCCCUAUGCUGAUUGCCCGCUUUGGCCAUGGCUCAGCCGAGCUGGAGAACUGUCUCUAUGUGGUGGGGGGGCAUACAUCCCUAGCAGGUAUUUUCCCUGCCUCCCCUUCUGUCUCCCUGAAGCAAGUAGAGAAAUAUGACCCUGGGGAUAAUAAGUGGACUAUGGUGGCCCCCAUGAGAGACGGUGUCAGCAAUGCUGCAGUGGUGAGUGCCAAGCUGAAACUCUUUGUGUUUGGAGGGACCAGCAUCCACCGAGAUAUGGUGUCCAAAGUCCAGUGUUUUGACCCCUCGGAGAACCGGUGGACAAUCAAAGCAGAGUGUCCCCAGCCCUGGCGAUACACAGCCGCCGCUGUCCUGGGCAGCCAGAUCUUCAUCAUGGGAGGUGAUACAGAGUACACAGCAGCUUCAGCCUACCGCUUCGACUGUGAGACCAACCAGUGGACGCGGAUUGGGGACAUGACAGCCAAACGCAUGUCCUGUCAUGCCGUGGCUUCAGGCAACAAGCUGUAUGUGGUGGGAGGCUACUUUGGGACCCAGAGGUGUAAGACCCUGGACUGCUAUGACCCUACUUCAGACACAUGGAACUGCAUCACCACUGUGCCCUACUCUCUCAUUCCCACGGCCUUUGUUAGCACCUGGAAGCAUCUGCCUGCAUGAAAGGCACCUUUGGAGCCCAGCCAGACUGCGUGGUUCCUCCUGCCUGGGCCAGAAGCUGACAGCUCCAGCCCCAGGCGGCAGCAGCUCAAGCUGUCCUUAACUCUAGGCAGAGAAAUGAAGUUCUCCAGCGUCACCUGUGCUCUGGUGUCCAAAGCUGGCAGCGGCUCGUGUGGAGAGAAGCGUCCAGAGGCACGGGCUGGCACCAGCAACCAACGACAUUUGUGCAGAGCCUUGAGGCUGAUUGUCACCCAGGCCUGGCAAUGGCUACCAGGGAAGAGCAGGGGUCCCUUGGCCCAGCAGCACAGCCUUUGACUGUAGGGCUGCCUGUGGGAGGUGGGAAUGUUUCUCCAUAGUCUCCUGGACAUCAGGGAGCAUAGUCUAACUGAAGACAUAUUUUAUAAGGGACAGAACCCCCAGGGCAACCCGGCCUCAGAUGGUACCCACAAGGCUUCAUCAACAGAUGGUACCAGACCCCUAAGGUCAAGGGGAGAUGGCCUGUGUGCCCUCUGUCAAGCACUAGCUCCCCCUCCUAAGAGGCGACUUCUGGGAAGCUUCCAUGGACAUAGGGCAGAUGCCUGUGACCAGCCAGACACUGCUAAGAGUCCCCCAGCAGGACUCUAGGUCCCCCAGCGCUGGUAGGGGUCUGAUGCUUGCCCUCCUUAGAGGCACAGAAGAGCAGCAUGAUAUACCUGCCAGUAGUACUGGGCCUCUUUUCUGGACACCCACCUGCCUUAGUCCUGUGUCCUGCCUGCUCCAUAAGAGGGCAGUCAUGAGUCGAAUGGCAGAGGGACUCCCACGGUCACUGCAGUUUGCACAGAGGUUGUAUUGCUGUCAUUGUGGAUCUAGGACCAAGGCUCCCAUCAUGCCUGCUAUCCUCCUUGGCACCAGCUGGCAGCCUGAAUCCUGUCUGAUUUUCUUCCUUGAGCUCAGAAAGAAGGAUCCGAAGAAACUUCCCAAAUGUGUUUCUCAAGGAUUCCUCCCCAGUGUCUCCCCGGCAUUAGGUUUUCGGAGACACUUUCUUCUUAUGCCAGUGUGGAUACCAGGCUCAUCCCUUGUUUGUCUAGUGCUCUUGGUUUCCGGCACAGGAUGGGGAGUGUUCCAUCGUUGGUGGCUUCCCAUUACUGCAUCAGGACGGAGCAUCCAGAGUGGGUUCUGAUCUGGACGGAAGUGGAGUUGCAGUACAGACCAGUUUGGUCAGCCUUCAAGGUCCUCACAGCUCAGCCUACUACUGCUGGCGUAGGUGACUUAGUCACACACUGGCCCUCAUCUGAGGUCCAGCUGGCUUCCCAUUCCACCUCAGGGACAGUCUUGCUGGAGAAUUACUGGCUCCUGGCCUGUGGACUAUGCCAUCUGCACUAAUCGGUCUGCACAGCACAGAGGACCUAGCCAUGGUGCUUGCCUGAGCAUGGGUGUUGCUUUUAUUAGUUUCUAACUUAAUAAAAGUGCGGACAUUCUUGAUC